UGCUUUAAAUAUAUACCUUUCUUCUCCACCGUCAAAAACCCCAUUCAUUUCCCCCCAAUCCUCCAUAUCCAUUCACGUCAAUACAGAGAGAGAAACUGAAAGAACAAUCAAAGAAUAACUUCAAAAAAUUAUAGAGAGAGAAAUUGAAGUUUUUAUAAAAAUGGCAGGGAGAGUAGAUCUGGACGGUAAUCCAAUAAAGCCAAUUACAAUAUGUAUGAUUGGUGCCGGUGGAUUUAUUGGGUCCCACUUAUGCGAGAAACUCAUGUCGGAAACUCCUCACAAGGUACUCGCCGUCGACGUUUACAGUGACAAAAUUAAGCAUUUGCUUGAACCGGCAACUCUCCCUUGGGCCGAUCGUAUUCAGUUCCACCGUAUCAAUAUUAAGAAUGAUUCUCGCCUUGAAGGCCUCAUCAAGAUGGCAGAUCUGACGAUAAAUCUUGCUGCAAUCUGUACUCCAGCAGAUUACAACACUCGUCCACUUGAUACGAUUUACAGCAAUUUCAUCGAUGCUUUGCCAGUGGUUAAGUACUGCUCAGAAAAUGGAAAGCGUCUCAUUCACUUUUCAACUUGUGAAAUAUAUGGGAAAACCAUAGGUGCCUUUUUACCAAAAGACAGCCCAUUGCGGCAGGAUCCUUCUUACUAUGUGCUUAAGGAAGAUGCCUCCCCUUGCAUCUUUGGACCAAUUGAGAAGCAGAGGUGGUCCUAUGCAUGUGCAAAGCAAUUGAUUGAGAGGCUGGUCUAUGCUGAGGGUGCUGAGAAUGGCUUAGAGUUCACCAUUGUGAGGCCCUUUAACUGGAUUGGUCCUAGGAUGGAUUUCAUUCCUGGCAUUGAUGGUCCUAGUGAAGGUGUUCCAAGAGUAUUGGCUUGCUUUAGUAAUAACCUUUUAAGACGUGAACCUUUGAAACUUGUGGAUGGGGGAGAAUCACAAAGAACGUUCAUUUAUAUAAAAGAUGCUAUUGAAGCUGUUCUUCUAAUGAUCGAAAAUCCUGCAAGGGCCAAUGGUCAUAUCUUUAACGUUGGUAAUCCGAACAAUGAAGUUACUGUCAGGCAGCUGGCUGAAAUGAUGACUCAGGUCUACUCAAAGGUGAGUGGUGAGUCUUCUAUUGAAACACCCACCAUUGAUGUAAGUUCUAAAGAAUUUUAUGGCGAGGGGUAUGAUGACAGUGACAAGAGAAUUCCAGACAUGACCAUAAUCAACAGGCAGCUUGGUUGGAACCCGAAGACAUCCCUAUGGGACUUGCUUGAAUCCACACUCACAUACCAACACAGGACAUAUGCUGAGGCUGUCAAGCAGGCCAUGUCUAAAACAACUGCCAAUUGAUGGUUUGCUACUUGUUGGCAGGUCUUUUUCUCCUCAGUAAAAAUCUACAUAGUUUGUCUCUCAUACACGUAAUUUUUUCGUUAUUCACGUGUUGCAACAUCUAAAGUACCUCUCUUCUGUAAGCAAUCAUUAUUCUAUUUUGUGACAUCAGAUUCAUUACAAAAUUGUGUCAUAGGUUGGUGUAUGCCGCUAGAGCCUUGUCUACGACAGUUAUUGGGUAUUAGACGAAGGAAAAGCUGCCCUGUUCUUUUAAUAAUUGUUGUCAAUUCAUAUUAUUCACUCCUGUGUAUGGAAGCAUCUUGUAUAAUUUUGAUUGACCUGCUGUUGGGGCUAUAAAAUUUUCCAAUUUAUUGCUAUUUGUUCAUUUGAUGUCCCUUCUCUUACGGGCUAAGAACAUAUGUAACUUGCCAGGAAAUUAGAUCGAAUAGGUGCUAUAGAUGUUUUGUCA